GCCUUCGCAAAAAACACUCGCGAUGCUCGCCAAAUUUCUCUUUCUCGCGUCGGCGCUCGCCGUAGCCCACUGCGAGACCGACGACUCUACGCUGCUCGCCAGGGCCCAUAACCAGUUCGCCGUGAACCUGCUCAAGGAACUCGCGACCCAAAAUCCUUCGGCCAAUGUCUUCUUCUCGCCGACCAGCAUUGCCGCAGCGUUCGGUAUGGCCUAUGCCGGCGCAAGGGGAGGGUCCGAGGCCGAGCUGAACUCGGUGUUUGGCCACACCGAUGUGGGCCUCACCGACCGAAGCAGGCUGCUCGCGGCGUACAAAAACCUCCUGGAACUGUCGGCUUCGCCGAACGUCACUCUGGACGUGGCUAACGUGGUUCUGGCGCAGGAUCGCUUCCCCAUAUCCGACAGCUACAAACAGCAGCUUCGCGAAAUCUUCGACGCGGACGUGAAGUCCGCGAACUUUCUCGAGGACGGUCCCAGGGUGGCGGCCGAAGUUAACGCCUGGGUGCGUGGCAAGACCAGGGGCAAGAUCUCCGGCAUCCUAUCGGAGGGUCAGCCGCUGGACAUCGUGCUCUUCAUCCUGAACGCCGUCUACUUCAAGGGUACCUGGGUAACCAAGUUCGACGCCCACAGGACUAUAAACAAGCCCUUCCUCAACCUGGGAACCACGGAGGUGAGCAAACCGGCGAUGCACCUGAGGGCGCGCUUCCCCUACGCGAGAGUCGAACCCCUCCACGCCUCCGCGCUGGAGAUACCUUACGAGGGAGACCGGUUCACCAUGGUGGUCCUGCUUCCGGACAACGCUACUGGACUCACAGCGGUCAGAAACGGCCUGUCGCUGGCCACACUCGAAGACGUGGGCGGCAGGCUGAGCUUCAGGGACGUCAUCCUGCAGCUUCCCAAGUUCGAUAUGAGUCUGAGUUACGGCUUGAUACCAGCGAUGAGGGCCAUUGGGUUGAACUCUGUGUUCGGAGGAUCGGCCAACUUCAGCGGUAUCAGCGAGGCCGUGCCGCUGGUCAUAUCCGACGUGCUCCACAAGGCUGCCGUCGAGGUGAACGAGGAAGGAACCGUCGCGACCGCAAUCACUGGGCUCGGUUUCGUGGCGCUGUCGGCUCACUACAGCCCGCCGCCACCCAUCGAGUUCACGGUGGAUCGCCCGUUCAUCUUCUACAUCAGAGACAGGAGCACUAACCGGGUUCUCUUCAUCGGACAGGUUAACACACUCUGAGUCUUCCCUCCCGCGGCACGACAGGACUGGCGAGUGAGAAGGAUGUGCCGCUUCUACGACGUAAGAAAGAACGUCCUUCAAAUAAAGCACGG